AUGGCCGAAGGAACAACAAAGCUGCCCUUUCUCCGGCGCAACAACCCGUUCAUACAGAACCUGAUCGCAUCAUCAUGCCUGUUCUGCAACCCCGGGCUAUACUUGGCCAUCACCCUUCUGGGUGCCGGUGGAGGUCAGGUAACUUCGACGGCCAUGGCCAAUACUAGCAACGGCGUUCUGUACGGCGUCUUCGCCUUUUCCGCACUUAUGGCAGGAUCCGUGCUCAAUACGCUGGGACCGCGACUGACGAUGAUGUUUGGCAUUACUGGAUACCCGCUGUACAUCGGAGCGAUGUGGUACUAUGACACAUACAGCAAAUUGUGGUACCCAAUCGUGGCCGGCGCAUACCUUGGACUUACGGCAGGUUGCCUCUGGACUACGGCGGCCUAUACAGCAAAUGCGUACGCCGAAGAGAAAGACAAGGGCCUGUACCGAGCCAUCCAGUGGACCUCAAACAUAACCGGAUCGGCGAUUGGCGCGUCUGUGGCUCUCGGCUUGAGUUGGAAUGCCACUUCCCUCAGCGUGCCGCACUCCGUUUACAUAACCUUCAUAAUCAUCCAAUGCUUGUCUGUCAGUAUGGCAUUCCUCCUUCUUCCGCCAGACCAGUUGCGGCGGUCUGAUGGGACAGCUUUGGCGUCCUUCGAGAAAAUCACUCUGUGGGAGUCACUCAAGAUGACAGGAAGGCUGUUCAAGGAUUGGAGGAUUGUCUUGAUGAUCCCUACUUUCUUCAUCCCCGAGAUGUUCUUCCCUUUCCAGUCAUCCAUGAACGCCUACGCGUUCAAUCUCAGGACCCGAACGCUGAACUGUCUUCUCAACAACCUUAUCCAGAUUCCUACCACCAUGAUUAUGGGCCUGCUACUCGACUCUCCCAAGAUCAAGAGCCGCAAGAAGCGUGCUAUCCUAGGAAUCACCUUUGAUGCCGUGUGGAUAACGGCCGCAUAUAUCGCACAGACUAUUUGGCUUGCCAGCUGGAAGUUUGACCGAAAGAUUGCCGGUCCUUCAAUCGACUGCACAGACCCCGCAUACGCAGGCGCUAUUGUCAUCUACAUGGUGUAUGCGGCGCAGUACGGCAUGUUUCAGAACGUCGUGGUGUACGUGAUGGGGACUUUGACCAACGACCCCUACAUGUCUGCUUCCAUUGCGGGACUUUUUGUUGCCUGGCUUAGCACUGGUACCGCCGUCUCUUUUGGCGUUGAUGCCACCGAGCAGCCAUAUGAGAAUGAGAACGCGGCGUACUUUGCGUUGACUACCUUGUGCUGGCCGAUUCUCUACUUUGUGGCGUGGAAGUACACAAGUGAUACCAACUACUUCAAGGAAGAAACGGUCAUUGCGCCGCUUCAUGUUAGGCCUGACAAGGCCAUUGAGGGUGCUGGGUCGUCGCAUGGAGAUGCUGAGGCCCAAUUGCCCGACACGAAGAACGACCUGUGA